AUGCUCCGCAGGCACAUCGCCCGUCUCUCCCCCACCCCGACCCCCACCCCAUUCACUCGAUCAUACUCGGCCCCAACGCCCCCCGGCCCCCCUCCCAAACCACCUACACCCUCCCUGCUGGACCGCUAUACCCCCUACCUGACAUCCUUAUCCCAGCGGACUGGCGUCCCUCUACCAUCACUCGGUCUCUCUUUCCUCGCCUUGCACGAGCUCACCGCCAUUCUCCCCGUCCUCGGAUUCUACUACCUCUUUGCCUCUUUUGGCGUCGGUGCUGGUCUAGUCGUAUGGGUAUCUGAAGUAGGCCACGAAGAAGAGAAAGAAGGCUGGAAACGCUGGGUGAAAGAGUGGUACGAGGAAGGGGUCGCGAAGGUCGAUCGUGUGGGUAGGAGGUACGGUGUACUGGAAUACGAGAAGCAAGAGCACAAGGUUGAGGGUAGCGGGGAGACUGCAGUGGAUUCGGUAAAGACUGGAGGGGCGAAAGCUGCUGAAAAGGUUGCAGACGCGGUGGCCGCGUAUGUGCUUGUCAAGGCGCUAUUACCUGCAAGAAUAGGCCUGUCGCUGGUAGCAGCACCAGCUUUCGCUCGCUACACACUUGUACCACUCCAAAAUCUAUUCCGUCGCCAACGAUGA